AUGACUUCAACGGCACCUUAUGCGAACGAUCAUCGAGACACCAACGGCCCGGGCGACGCCUGCCCCAACGCGCUCAAAAUCAUCCGUGAUGAAGGCUUGGAUGGUAGUCUUCAGGGGAAGGUAUGCCUCAUCACCGGAGGAACGGCUGGCAUAGGAAUCGAAACCGCCCGUGCCAUGCACGCCACAGGCGCUGAUGUCUAUAUUACCGGUCGCGACACUCAGAAAGGUGUCGCAGUUGCGGAGAGUCUGACCAGUGACGGAAAGCCGGGCAAGGUGGUUUUCCUACAGAUGUCCUUGGACUCCGUAGAAGACGUUUCUGCGGCUGCUGCGCAAUUUUUGAGCAUGUCGGAGAAUUUGAACAUUCUCAUUUGCAACGCAGGAAUUGUGCUUCAUCCCAAGGAUCUUACGAAAGACGGUUUCGAGACACAUUUUGGCGUCAACUAUGUAGCGCACUUCGCAUUGUUCCAGGCACUGCGCGAGACGUUGAUAAAGUCGGCUGGUCCGAGCAUGUGUUCAAGAGUUGUGAUGCUCGCGUCCUUAUCGCAUCAAGCGUCAUCGGUGAAUUUUGAAGACAUCAACUUCACGACGCGGGACUACAGCCCUAUGCUUGCGUAUGGAGCAUCAAAGACGGCGUGCAUCUGGAUGGCCAACGAGAUCGAGAGGCGAUACGGGCGUGAGGGGCUGCAUGCAACAUCGGUGCACCCAGGAGCAAUCCACACCGAGGCUGCACGACACAAUCCCUCAGGUGAUGCCGUGAUGCUGAAACCUGAGAUGAGGAAGUAUAGGAAGAGCCCCGAACAAGGUGCUGCCACAACGAUUUGGGCUGCCGUCGGAAAGCGAUGGGAAAGUAGCGGGGGCCGGUAUCUCGCCGAAGUGCAAGAGGCGGAGCGAUUGAAGGAUAAUGACACCUCGUUCCCUCGACUUGGCUAUGCGUCACACGCGUAUGAUCAGGAGGCAGAACAGCGCCUUUGGGAUAUGACCGUUGAACAUUUGCGCACAAAACAGUAG